AUGGACGCUUACUUCAUGGAAAUUUGCAAACUUGAGGCCCACUUUGAUGGUUUUGAGUUCCACCAUGUCCCCAAGGCCCACAAUGUCAUCACCGAUGUCCUAUCCAAACUCAGCUCCAAGCGUGCGCAGGUUCCAGCCAGCGUCUUCGUCCAAGAUCUUUGGAAGCCUUCCAUCAAGGUUCUAGACCUAUACCAGGUCAACAAUAGUGCUGAGGCUCUGGCCGACCCAGCUCCUACUGACAUCAUGAUGAUUGAGGUAGAAGAAGACUUGUGCGCCCCGUUCAUAGCCUUGAUCACUGACAAGAUGGUGCUAGAGGACAAAAUAGAGCAUGAGAAAUUAGCUCGGUGCAGUGCAAACUAUGUCGUCAUCGGCAAGGAGCUCUACAGAAAGGUUUCCUCUACAGGCAUCUUGAUGAAGUGCAUCCUCUGCAACAGGGGCAUCGACCUCCUUCACGAGAUCCACUGGGGAACAUGCGGGAACCAUGCCGCCUCGGGCACUUUGGUCGGCAAGGCAUUCCACUCUGGUGGCUAUGUGAGCUACCUCAUGUCAUCUGGGGCCUACAAACCUAGAAGAGCCGGGCUACCAGCUACACCCCUUUUCUUCAUGGUGUACGGCUCAGAAGCCAUCUUGCCAUCUGACGUGGCCUUUGGAGCCCCACACAUCCAGUACUACAAGGAAGGUGAGGCAAAAACUAGUCUGCAGGACGACAUUGACAUCCUCGAGGAGCACUGA